ACUACGCAUUCAUACAGCCAGUGAAUGUGUACCUGACGAUUCAUAUAUCAAACUCUGUAAAUUAAAAUUUGUUCGAGAUAUGCACCGUCCAUUUUUUAUCAGACGGUCACACAAACACUGACUGCAUGAAUACGUGCAAAUAAUGAGUGAUUGCAGGGAGAGGAGGAGAAAGAAUAGGGUCCACAUGGAUUCAUGUCACCAUCAAGAUGCAGUUGAAAAUUUCAUGCAUGUGGAUAAUAAUAAUCAAAUGGUACACUUGAAGUAAAAGAGCAAAGAGAAACUUUAGUUUUCAGAAUCUGAAAGAGUCACAAAGUCUUGUUGAUGGAAAUGGUGAUCCUGUCUUAGUUGCCAUCAAAAGGCUUGAUUAACAAGAUUCAAGGUCGGAGAAAACCUUUAAACCAACAAGAGGAAUCAAUUUGGAUGAGUUCAUCCAUAGUGUACAUAGUUAGUUUGUUCUAGUAACAGUAGUUUACUAGUAGAGAGAAACUAUGAAAAUCACUAUGGAUAAAUAUUCUUCUUCUCAAACGCGUCUAUCUCUUCUUCUACCAUCUUUUCCUUUCACCAUCAACACAUUUCUCUUCCUCUUCCUCUCACUCUUAUUCUUAAUCCAAUACCAAAAACAUGCCACUGCUAAUGCGGUAAUGUACGCAUCUUGUGCACCUUUUGACUGCGGAAAUUUCAGCAAUAUUAGUUAUCCAUUUUGGAGUUUUAACAUCCAACCAAGUUAUUGUGGCCAUCCAAACUUCAAGCUUGAUUGCCAACAUGGCAAUUAAACUAUUGACAUAAAGUCGCAAAAGUUUCACAUCCUUCAAAUAAAUCAUACAUCUCAACUUUUGAGGAUUGCAAGGGACGAUUUAUGGGGUUACGAUUCUGAUGUUGUGCAUUCUUGUCCUAAGCAAUAUAUUAAUGUAAACUUAGAUUUGAAUUUCUUCAAGUACACUUCCAAUAAUGAAAACUAUACUCUAUUGUAUGAAUGUGGUCCUCUUUCACAGUCCUCUACUUUGAGUUCAGAAGUUUCCGAAGUAAUUUCUUGCCUCAUAGAGGGUAAACCUCGUGAUGCAUACCUAGUGUCAAGUGCCAAAUUGGCUGAUUUCAUUGCUAUGGAGUGUAAAAAUAGUAUCACAGUUCCUGGCUUGAAGAAUUCAUUCACAAACGAUUCGGAUAUUGUGGUUGAUGUUUUAGAUGAAGGAUUCGAGGUUGGUUGGAGUGGUGUGGGAGAAGACGAAUGUGAUGGUUGCAUUAAAUCUGGUGGGAGAUGUGGAUACAAUACAUCAGAAAAUGCAACUAUCUGUCUCUCGCCGGAGAAAUCUGUGGCACCAAUAGACGGAGUAACACCAUCAACCGCUAUUGCAGGUAAGCAGUUGAGCAGACAAGGGAAAAUAAAAAUCAUUAUAGGAAGUGCAGGUGCAGUAUUUGUAGCAUUAUCCGUAUGUAUCACAAUCUUUUGCUUCAAAUACAAGUCAACAAAAAAUAACCAAGACAUCGAAAAAUUCUUAAAAACUCAUGAACCCUUUCCUGUUAGAAGAUACAAGUUCUCACAUAUCAAGAAAAUGACCAACAACUUCAAAGUUGAAUUAGGACAAGGUGGUUAUGGUGCUGUAUACAAAGGAAAGCUACUCGAUGAUCGCCCUGUGGCUGUAAAGAUAUUAAAGUCAUCCAAAAGAAAUGGGGAAGAUUUUAUGAAUGAGGUUUCUAGCAUUACUAAAACCUCUCAUGUUAAUGUUGUCACCCUUCUUGGAUUUUGUUUCGAAGGCCGGAAAAAAGCUCUUAUCUAUGAAUUAAUGUCUAAUGGUUCUCUUGACAAACUUAUUUACAAUAAAGGACCAGGAACCGUUCCAUCUUUGAGUUGGGAGAUUCUUUAUCAAAUUUCUAAAGGGAUAGCUCGAGGGCUGGAGUACCUGCAUAGAGGAUGUAGCAUUCAAAUUUUACAUUUUGAUAUCAAGCCACAUAAUAUUCUCUUGGAUGAGAAUUUUUGUCCAAAGAUAUCAGAUUUUGGGAUGGCAAGACUUUGCCCGAAGAAAGAGAGCAUUAUUUCGAUGUCAGGUGCUAGAGGGACAAUGGGAUAUGUAGCUCCUGAGCUGUGGAAUAAAAAUUUUGGACGAGUUUCACACAAGUCUGAUGUUUAUAGUUACGGAAUGAUGUUGUUGGAAAUGGUUGGAGGGAGGAAAAACCUUCGUGCUGAUGCAAGUCACACAAGUGAGAUAUACUUUCCUUAUUGGGUGUACAGUAGACUUGAUCUAGGCGGUUAUUUAAGACCGGGCGAAGUCAUUGCCUCAGAAGAAGAUGAGAUCGCAAAGAGAAUGACCGUUGUAGGUUUAUGGUGCAUUCAAACAUUUCCAAAUGAUAGGCCUACAAUGAGUAGAGUGAUUGAAAUGUUAGAAUGCAACAUGAAUUCAUUGGAAAUACCACCAAAACCUGUUCUUUCGUCUCCUACUAGAUCAGUACCAAAAUCUCCAGCUUCAUGAAAUUUUUGGGCUAACUUUUCCACACUGCAUUAUGCAUACUACUCACUGAAACUAAGAAGGAAAAAAUGAGCUGGAAAAAAUGGGUAAGUUUUCCCAUUUUCCACACAAUUAAACUUAUUAGUUUCUCCACAAAACAUUUAUUUGUUCUUAUAAGGUUGUUAAUAUUUGUAAUUUGGAUUAGUUCUAAUUAGUACUAUUAAUUAUGUCAUAUUUUAUUUUGAGUUA